AGCUUGUCUUUUUUAUCGGCUACUCCACAACAAGUCAAUUAAGUGGUACAUUACUUUUAUUGUCCAAAUUGAUCGGUAGAAGUGAACAUGUACUUCGAAUUUGGUUUGGUGUCCCUUUUGGUGGUUGUGAGCGCUCGUGCCCAAAUACCGGAUUAUAUUCACGUUUGUAAGAGAAGCGAUCCGCAAGUUGCCGAUUGCAUUAAGGAAUCUGUUGAAUUUUUAAGACCGCGUUUAAGGAAAGGCAUUGCAGAAUUAGACGUGCCUGGUUUGGAACCUCUGAAAGUGGAAGACGUAGAUCUCGGAAGAGGAUCGCCUACGUUUAAGGCAUUACUGAAAAACAUUGACGUUUACGGAGCUUCCGAUUUUCAGCUUGUCAAACUAAAAACAAAUAUUCCCAAUUUAACGUUCCGUAUUCAAGUAAUAAUACCUUUGUUAAGAUUGACUGGCGACUUCGAUAUAAACGCCCGAAUUUUAGUAGUACCAUUCAAAGGGCAAGGCAAAUUUUAUGCAAAUGCGACUAACUGUCUUGGAACCGCUGUACUAAAGGCCGAGUCUAAACAAGCAAAUGGUGAAAAUACCUUCCAAUUUACAAGUUUGGAGGUCCAACUGCAAAUCGGGGACUACAACAUCCUUUUAGAGACUCCUACUCCAAACGAUGUCACAUUAAUCAAAGCAGCGAAUGACAUUCUUAAUCAGAACAGGAAAGAUUUCCUUGGGAUUGUAACGCCAUUAAUCGAACGACGAGUUUCAUCUAUACUUCUGUCCAUCGCUAACAAAAUUACGAAAAAAUUUAAAUACGACGAAGUGUUUCCCGCAUAGUAAUUUCAUGCUAAGCGGUAAAUUUGCUGGGGGCAGUAGUAGAACUUUGGGUAAAUUUAGAAAAAUUCUAUUUCAUCUCAUCCUGUCAUUAUUUUUUAUUUUUUUUUUUAAUAAAUAAUCAAAAUUUGAUUGAGCUUAUUGUCAAAAUUCAUGGGCGUAGUUUAUUCUUCAUAGAUGGUGUAAAAAAUUUGUUUGUACAGCUUUAACAACAAAAGACACAACUACUUUUUGUACCCUAUGCAUAAAUGCAUAAUAGCGAGGAACAACUUUUUUGUUAUAAUUUUCCUGCCCGAUAAGUAAAAUUACCACGAUUAGUUUCUAUUUUAACAACUUGAUUCGCGGUCUUAAAAAAAUGGUUACUUGCUCUAUAGUCAAAUUCAUUUUCAAAUCCGCCUGGAACUAAGAAGGAUGACUUUGCGCAUAAACAAUCAAUUUCUGAUGACGUGUGAUCGCUUUUGUAAGUAAACAUCUUCAGUUAAAAUUUCAGAAAAGAAAUGGUCAAUUCAAAAAGUAAUGUACUGUGCAUUCGCAAUCCACUUUUAGAGGAAUUUUUCGAAAGAAUAAAAAUUCUCCUUACGUGAUUAUUUUGUCCGUCUGUCCGUCUGCCUGUUCCUCAUCUAACGCGAGAACGAAAAGAGAUAGCGAUGUCAAAUCUUCGCCAAUCGAUUUCUACGAGUUCAAGGAUCAGUGCUAUUGAAGAUGAGCCGGAUAUCAAAAGUCUGGUUUCCGAAUACGAGCUGAGCGAAAAAUUCCCCGACUGAAAUUGCGAUUCUUCGUAAUUAAUUAAUGAAGAAAAUCACCAAAAUCUUUUGUUUGGAAUCGCUUAUCAUUCAUAAAAAGUAUAUAAAUCUGUUCAUGGAAUAUACUAUGUCUCAAGUGUU